UUUGUGGGUGUAUUUAAAUAUAACCCUUAAUUGAAACAUCAUGAGGUUUACCGUUUUAUUCUUUGUGGGUGACGGAUCUGACCCUCCAGGCAACGAAAAGGAAUUUCAACGCGCAAUAUCCUUUCUUAAAUCUUCAAUUCUCAAAAUCUGAUUCCACCAAAUCUACAACCUUUUCACACCGUAUUUUCGCAUUCAAUUCAUCGCCUUUUCCGUUCAAUUGUUCGAGCUCGGAGAGGAAAUUCAGUUAUCAAUCAGCUAUGCAGAGCCAUCUCAUGUGUAAUGGGUGUAGGAGCAUUCUUGUUUAUCCCAGAGGAGCUACAAAUGUCUGUUGCGCAUUAUGCAAUUCAGUUACCUCAGUCCCACCUCCUGGGUUGGAAAUGGCUCAACUUAUAUGUGGAGGAUGUCGGACCUUGCUAAUGUACACUCGUGGUGCAACAAGUGUGAGAUGCUCCUGCUGUCAUACGGUGAACCUUGCACCAGCGCCAUCCAACCAGGUUGCCCAUGUCAACUGCGGGAACUGCCGAACAACACUUAUGUAUCCAUAUGGAGCUCCAUCAGUCAAAUGUGCAGUUUGCCACUAUGUUACAAGUGUUGGUAUGGUUAAUGUUAGGGUUCCAAUUCCUGUGCACAGACCUAAUGCUGCAGCAAUCUCUGCAUCAACACCCUCUACUUCAUCAAGCCAAACUGUGGUCGUCAAGAACCCUAUGUCUGUUGAUGAAAGUGGCAAAUUGGUUAGCAAUGUUGUUGUUGGAGUCACCACAGAGAAAAAAUGAUGCUGAGACCAAGAGCGGUUAGCUUACAUAGAAGAGAACCAAGUUCUUAAAACGCAUAAGAUGGAAAGGUGGAUUUAGAGAUUGGUUGUGGAUAUUAAGACGGAUAUGGGCUUUUAUAAAAUUAGAUUCAACAGACUAUUUCCAAACAUGAGGUUGUAGAUGAAAUUUUAAUAGGUGGUGUACAUUAAGAACAUAAGAGAAGUGGAAAGGUUCUUGUGAAAUGUGUGGUUAUCCCAAAGACUAAACCAUUGUUUGCUGCAUGCUUAUUCUCUAGCUGAGUGGAUGUACUCAAUGAAGUAAAUGUGUUUUCAAGUUUCAAAAAUAAAUAAAUAAAUUGAAGAACUUUUUCUGGACUUAAA